CCGGGGCCCUGCAGGGCCGGCCGGGGCGGGGUCGGUGGUGUUUCCGUUGCUUGGAGCUGGAUGAGAGCAGCUGCCCUGAGUCUUCGCUGGCUGCUUCUCUACUCCGUCCUGAGCGCCGCCGCCGCCCCGCUGCUGUCCGGAAGGUUCGGAGCGCUUGGUCCCUCUGUCUGGGCCCGUAUCACCUUCUCCUGACCUGUAUCACAUUCUCCUGACCUGAGCAGUCGCCAUGGCACAGGUUCUCAGAGGCACCGUGACUGACUUCCCGGGAUUCGAUGAGCGGGCUGAUGCAGAAACUCUUCGGAAGGCCAUGAAAGGCCUGGGCACUGACGAGGAGACCAUCCUGACUCUGUUGACGUCCCGAAGUAAUGCUCAGCGCCAGGAAAUCAUUGCGGCUUUUAAAACCCUCUUUGGCAGGGAUCUUCUGGAUGACCUGAAAUCAGAACUGACUGGAAAAUUUGAAAAAUUAAUUGUGGCUCUGAUGAAACCCUCUAAGCUUUAUGAUGCCUAUGAACUGAAACAUGCUCUUAAGGGAGCCGGGACAGAUGAAAAAGUACUGACAGAAAUUAUUGCUUCAAGGACACCUGAAGAACUGAGAGCCAUAAAACAAGUGUAUGAAGAAGAAUACGGCUCAAGCCUGGAAGAUGACGUGGUGGGGGAUACUUCAGGGUACUACCAGAGGAUGUUGGUGGUUCUCCUUCAGGCUAACCGAGACCCUGAUGCUAGAAUUGAUGAAGCUCAGGUAGAACUGGAUGCUCAGGCUUUGUUUCAAGCUGGGGAACUCAAAUGGGGGACGGAUGAAGAAAAGUUUAUCACGAUCUUUGGAACACGCAGCGUGUCUCAUUUGAGGAGGGUGUUUGACAAAUACAUGACUAUAUCAGGAUUUCAAAUUGAAGAAACCAUUGACCGGGAGACUUCCGGUAAUUUGGAACAACUACUCCUUGCUGUUGUAAAAUCUAUUCGAAGUAUACCUGCCUACCUUGCAGAAGCCCUCUACUGUGCUAUGAAGGGAGCUGGGACAGAUGACCAUACCCUCAUCAGAAUUGUGGUUUCCAGGAGUGAGAUUGAUCUAUUUAACAUAAGAAAGGAGUUCAGGAAGAAUUUUGCCACCUCUCUUUAUUCCAUGAUUAAGAACGAUACAUCUGGGGACUAUAAGAAAGCCCUGCUGCUGCUCUGUGGAGGAGAAGACUGACACGCCUCCUGGCUCAUCAAUUGACAGUGGUGCUAGUUGAGAACUGAAUUUACAGUUGGCUUUUUGGGUGAAAGGCUUGAAUUGCCGUACCACAGACUAUGUAUUUUUCUCCUCCACAGCAGCAUGGAAUGAGGUUGAAGGGGGAAUCUGAUUUAUCUGCAGCAUGCUGAUUUGGGCUUCUGUUAAGGUGAUGCUUGGGGUGCUAGUUCUUGAUAGAAACACUAAUUUUAAAACUUAGAAAUCCAGAGCACUACCUUCCACUUGUUUUUCCUACCUACCGUCUGCUACCUUCUGUGAAAUAAAAAAGGGAAAUAGCUUUUAGAAAGCAGCAGUUGAUCUCUUCUAAUAUUUACCUUCCAGUUUUCUUUCUGCUUUCAAAUUUCCUCUUCAGUUGGUAUAAUAAUACGUACACCCUGACAGACAUAUUUUUUAAAACAGAAGUGAUAAAGUGAUUGCCCUUGACAAGAAGGUAUUUUUAUAAAAUGUACUCCUUCUCCCUUUGAAAAUUUUAAAAUAGUGAUCAUAAUGUUUUUUCACAAAAUUGGCUGCUCAUCAGAAUAUCCAGGGAAGCCUUAAAAAUUAUGUGUAAAUAUGACAUUGGAUUUUUUCAAAAGCCCCGUGGGCAAUUCUGAUGCAGAGCCAGGUUAAGAAUCAAUUACUUUUCAUAGGAAAGAUCUUAGAUAGUAUGUUUCAAAAAGUUCUUUUUAUUUAAUAGUUCACUGACUUUAAAUAUAAGCCCUUGAUUAUUUGUCAUGCUUCAAAAGAUAUGAAAGAGUGAGCAUUAAAAUCUGCUAUAUUUAAACAGUUUGUGACCCUUUGCUCAGCUUUUGCUGUGAAUUUAUUGUGAUACCUCUGUUUUUGUUUUUUGAUUUUUCUUUUUGGAACUAGGCAAGCUGAUUCUAAAUUUAAUAUGAAAAAAGAAUGUUGUGUUAGGUGCCAC